AUGACCAACGUCGAAACGCCCAAGGCCGUCCCCUCACAAUUCUCCGGUCCCAUUUGGCCUUCAACACUCCAACAUCGUCCGCUUCAGCCGGCUAUUGAUUCAUUCGAUAGCAUGAAUGACUGCGAGACUCGAUCAGCCGAGUUGAACACAGAACAGCAGAGCUGGCGUGAAUGUGCCAAACAAUCCACAUCCCCACCGGUCUCGUUGACGUCAUAA